AUGGCAAGAGGUCGUCGCUGGGGCCGCCCGCGCAGCAACCGUGAGGGCCUCUUUGACCCCGCAGACACCACCCGCGUCAAGCACACUCGCAUCGGCAUCUGGGAUCUGUACGAGGAGACGAACCCCGCGCUCGACCAUGUCCCCGGCUCAUCAUGGUUCGAGAGGACGGUUGAGGCGUACGAGUGCCUGCCCUACCUUGUCCGCAUGGUCUCCGACGUCCUCGCCAUCCGGAGCUGCUGGAUCAUCCUCAUCUCGUAUGCCACCGCCGAGGUCCUUCACUCCCUCAUCCCCGCCGCCUCCCUAUGGUACUCUGGGCAGCUCAUCCACAUCCUCCAAACUGCGAUCGACACCCGCACCGUCGACGCCGACGCCCUCUUCCGCAUUUCUCUCGCCCGCGUCGCCUGCUCCGUCGCACGCCGCAUCCUCAGCCACGCCCUCGCCGAGCUCCGCGGGCCACUAUCCCGCCGCCUCAAGGCCCAGUUUUCCCUCCACCUCUUCCGCGCACGCGCGCGCCUCGACCUUCCCACCUUUGAGGACCCGCUCGUCCAGCGCCAGCUCGAGGAGGCCUCCUCGACGUCCGGUAGCAUCGCGUACGACACCCUCAUGAUGGCAUCGAGCAUCGUCUCGACGCUCGUCCAGGUCGUGUCCCAGAUUUCUGUUCUCGCGCAAGUUCUCGGUGGACAGCGCGACGGCAUCCUGCUCGCAAUACUAAGCUUUGCGACCUCGAUCAGCGACUGGGUCACGCGAUGGAACGCGUUUACGACAGAGAAGGUGUGGGCUGCGACGACCAAGGACAAGGACUACAUCCAGAUGGUCGGCAUGAAGCACGUCGUCAACAACAUGGAGCACCGGAAGGAGUUCAUCUCGGGCAACCUGGCCGAGUUCAUGACGAAAGAGUUCGAGGAAGUGUCAAAACGUGUCGGUCCAGACAAUGCGGUCGAUUUCAGUGAGCUUCGGCGCGCGACCCAGAGUCGCCAACGUCUCAGUAUCUUUAGCCUACUCAAGGACCCCAUACAUGAGUUACCCCAGAUCGUGUUUACGUUACGAGCGGUCCAAUACCCUGCCUCGAUGCCAGUGUCGCUCGCGUCCCUCAAUCUCUUGCAAAACACGACCGCGCACUUUGCGUUCACUGUCUGGCGCUUCUUCGACCAGACGAGUUCAAUCACCGAACAGCUGUCUACGGUACGCAAACUAUACGAAGUCACAAAGAUCUCAAAUCGCAUCCAAGACGGAACCAAGCCGUUCCCCGAGGAUGCGCAGAAGAUCAAAUAUGGCGUCGCACUUGAGUUCCGUAAUGUGUCGUUCCGGUAUCCCGGGUCGGACAUGUACGCGUUGAAGAACGUGUCGUUCAAAAUCGCUGCCGGGCAGCUAUGUGUCAUCGUAGGGGCGAAUGGAUCAGGGAAGAGCACCAUCCUCAAGCUCGUCGUACGACUGUACGACCCCGACGAGGGCCAAAUCCUGCUGGAUGGACAAGACAUCCGCACGCUCAAGCUCUUCGACCUUCGACAAGCCGUCUCUGUUCUCUUCCAAGAUUAUACUCACUUUCCCCUUUCCAUCCGCGAUAAUGUAGCCCUCGGCGACCCCACGAACUUCCGCAACGACGAGCGCGUCACCGCCGCGCUCGAGCUCGGCGGCGCCUCCACCUUCGUCGCGCGCCUCCCUGACGGCGCCGACACGUAUCUCGACCGUCCCGUGCGCGACUACUUCGCGGGCAUGCCUCAGGGCACAACUUCGCUCUUCGGCCGUCCGAUCGACUACUCGGGCGUGCGCAGCGCAGGGGGCAUGGCCGCGCGCCAGGGCGGGCCGGCACUCAGCGGCGGGCAGAUGCAGCGCCUCGCGGUCGCGCGGACGUUCAUGCGCGCGGUCGUCGCCGAGGAGGCGCGCGUGGGACUGCUGCUGUUCGACGAGCCGAGCGCGUCGCUGGACCCGACGGCGGAGCAUGAUCUGUUCGGGAGGCUGAGGGAGCUGCGGGGGAACAAGACGAUGGUAUUUUCGUCGCACAGGUUCGGAAGUUUGACGCGCCACGCGGAUCUAAUCUUGUAUAUGAACGACUCGGUGAUCGUGGAGGAGGGCACGCAUGACGAGCUGAUGCAGAAGCAGGGAGAGUAUGCGCGGAUAUGGAUGUUGCAGGCGCAAGCAUUCCUGUGA